GUGCGGUUAGGUUGAGCGGUUAUUCUCCGUGUGGAAGUGGAUUGAGAGCAGAUUGACAGGAGGAACCAUUGCUGAUAAUUUUAAGUAAAGCUGCUCAUUGGUCCAGACAGAAGAUGGGGAAGAAGAGUCGCGUGAAGACUCAGAAGUCAGGGGCGACCGCCGCCGUCUCCCCCAAAGAGAUGCUCAACCUCAUCUCCGAACUUCUGCAGAAGUGCAGCAGUGCAGCCCCCUCUGCUGGCAAGGAGUGGGAAGAGUAUGUCCAGAUUCGAACGCUGGUGGAAAAGAUCCGCAAGAAGCAAAAAGGUAUGUCGGUGAUAUUCGAGGGCAACAGAGAGGAGUUCUUCUCUGAGCUGAUGACCUGGGCUGCAGACUGCGGGGCCUCCUGUGACGGCUUUGAGAUCUCCAACUUUGCAGAUGAGGGCUAUGGCCUCAAAGCCACCAGAGACAUCAAGGCAGAGGAGCUCUUUCUCUGGAUCCCCCGGAAAAUGCUGAUGACUGUGGAGUCAGCCAAGAACUCCGUCCUUGGUCCCCUGUAUGGUCAGGACCGCAUCCUGCAGGCCAUGGGCAACGUGACGCUGGCGCUCCACCUGCUGUGCGAGCGUGCCAACCCGGCGUCGCCAUGGCUGCCCUACAUCCGCACGCUGCCCAGCGACUACGACACGCCGCUCUACUUCCAGGAGGACGAGGUGCGCCACCUGCUGGCCACGCAGGCCAUCGCAGACGUGCUCAGCCAGUACAAGAACACCGCGCGCCAGUACGCCUACUUCUACAAAGUCAUCCAGACUCAUCCCAAUGCCAGCAAGCUGCCCCUGAAGGAUGCCUUCACCUUCGAUGACUACAGGUGGGCCGUUUCCUCGGUGAUGACCCGACAGAACCAGAUCCCGACGGAGGACGGCAGCCGGGUCACCCUGGCGCUGAUCCCACUCUGGGAUAUGUGCAACCACACCAACGGCCUGAUCACUACUGGCUACAAUCUGGAGGAUGACCGUUGUGAGUGUGUUGCCUUGCAAGAUUACAAAGAGAACGAACAGAUCUACAUCUUCUACGGCACCCGCUCCAACGCCGAGUUCGUCAUCCACAACGGCUUCUUCUUCGAGGACAACGCCCACGACAGGGUGAAGAUCAAGCUGGGGGUCAGCAAGAGCGAGCGGCUCUACGCCAUGAAGGCCGAAGUGCUGGCUCGAGCCGGCAUCCCCUCGUCCAGCAUCUUCGCCCUGCACUGCAGCGACCCUCCCAUCUCCGCUCAGCUCCUGGCCUUCCUGCGUGUCUUCUGCAUGACCGAAGAGGAGCUGAAGGACUAUCUGGUGGGCGAGCACGCCAUCAAUAAGAUCUUCACGCUGGGCAACACAGACUUCCCGGUCAGCUGGGAGAACGAGAUCAAGCUCUGGACCUUCCUGGAGACCCGGGCCUCUCUGCUGCUCAAGACCUACAAAACCACCUCCCAGGACGACCGCGCCAUGCUGGAGAAGCCCGACCUGUCGCUGCACUCGCGCACCGCCAUCAAGCUGCGCCUGGCGGAGAAGGAGAUCCUGGAGCGGGCGGCGGGCAGCGGGCGCGCCAAGCGCCUGCACUUCCAGCAGCGGCUGGACGAGGGCGCCGCGCUGCCCCUCUACGAGGAGAGCGACAUCUCCCUGCUGGAGAACGCCGACGCCAAGCUCCCCAUCAUCCUGCGCAAGCUCGAGGAGGAGGAGGAGGAGGAGGAGGAGGAGGAAGAGGAGGGCGGUGGCGGCGGGGAGGAGGCGUUGAAGGAGCUGAAGAUGGAGCAGGGAGACGCGCCGGUCGCGCCGCUAGUUAACGGGGAGCGCAAGGCGGCCGAGGGCCCUGAUGCUGCGCCACAGCCGGAGGGGGAGAAGGAGAAGGGAGAGAUGGAGGAGAAGGAGAGAGGGAUAGAGAAGGAGGAGGAGGAAGGAGAGAAGGAGAGAGGGGUAGAGAAGGAGAAGGAGGAGGAGGAGAAGGUGCAGAAGGAGAGACGGGUAGAGAAGGAUGAGGAGGAAGGAGAGAAGGAGAGAGGGGUAGGGAAGGAGAAGGGAGAGAUGGAGGAGAAGGAGAGAGAAAUAGAGAAGGCGGAGGAGGAAGGAGAGAAGGAGAGAAGGGUAGAGAAGGAGGAGGAGGAGGAGGAGAAGGUGCAGAAGGACUUGCAGGAUCUGGACUUGCAGCAAGAGGACGUCGAAAAGAGCGAAAAGAGAACUGUUGAUGUGUCCAAAGAGAACGUAGACUAGAAUCCUCAUGCCUGUAGAUCCGACAAACACACACACACACACACACACGCACACACUCACACAUACAUGCACACUCGCGUGCGCACACAUACAAACACACACACACACACACACACUGCAGUUUUAUUUAUUUUUUCUUUUUAUGUCUAAGACUAAUUAUGACAGGAGCGGCUCUUUAACGUUAGCAAUUAAAAAAAAUGUUUUUGUUUUGUUUUUUAUUUGUAUUUUUUUUAUAUAUAUAUAUAUAUAUAUAGAUGCAGUCAGCAAUCUGUGUGCGCUUCCUGCUCCAACUGAAGGUCAUUUUCUUUAAAGGUGUUUCGCUGUUGUUUUAAGACGUCCCUUCCCGACAGGUGUAUAAUGGAAGGCUCAAUCGAGGAACACGAGUUGCAACUCAUUUCAGUCCGUGAAGCUUUUUCAUUGGUUAACGAAACGCUCACUGGCCUAAAAGCCAACGAGCAGGAAAAGGAGAAGACUGACCUUUGGUAACCCAGGAAGUUCCCCUUCACUAUUAGCCGUUGCUGCUACUGCAAGUCCCAAGUCCCAAGUUCUUUCUUUUCCUAGGCAACGCCAGCUAUGGAUGUGGAUGUUGUCUAUCUUUAGAUGCCAGUCACUGCCUCUUACACUGGCCCUGGAGGACUGACUCAUUUACUGACUGACUGAGACACACAUGCUUAAAGGCCUUUUCACACUUAGUGACAAAUUAUUCACACUAAAUCAACGCAUGUAAUUAAAUACAAGUGUUCUUAUUAGUCUUUAUGCACCAAGGAUGAAAUUUGCCCCGACUCAAAUUUAUUUUUCACUGCGACCGCUUUCGUCCUGGAUGUUUAAAGGCCCAUUAAGAGCAAAUGUAUUUAAUUACCAGCGUGAUUUCUUUUGUGGAUAUUUUUUGUCCGAAAAUUGGGACUUGGUGUGAAAGAGCCUUAAUGCUUUAGAACAUUGGCCCAGUCUGGUCCAGAAGAAUGGACUUGCACUUUUCUUCUUGUGGAAACAAUCUGCGUUAUCUCACUAAGAUUAGUCUGUUUCUUUUUGUUUUUUAUGAUCAUGAUUCUUUUGCAAGGGACACAAACAGAGUGUGUUAAUGUUACUGCUAAGAUACGGAGGCUUCCUACUUACUUACCAGCUUGCCUGUAAUGGAUGUAAAAAGUCGACAUUUGAGCCACAACACAUCCUUAGGAUGUUUUCACAGUAGUCAUGGAUAACUUCACUCGUUUGGACUAGCGGUUUGUCACUGUGACACGGGACUGAAAAAAGUUGACUGUCUUCUCUGAUCGCGCAAUUCAAAAAUGCCAUUAGCCACCAUGUGUCAAUCUGUGACACUGUGUGUUCUACACAUUACUUGUACCUUCAAUGUUUUCAUUGAAUGUUGUUGUUUUUUUUCUUUUCUUGUUUGUUUUGUUUGUUUAUCUCCUCAGUUGUUGUCCGUUUCUUUUAAAGCCUUAAAGAAAGAUAUAUCUACGUUACAAACAGGAGAGACGAAAGUUCACUUGGUUCACUGCAGAUGUGUCCAUUCUGUGUAACUUGCCUCCUGAUUGGAGGAAACGAAUGCCAAUCACAGACCUAGAAUGUCCAGGCAGUGUGCAUAUAUAUAUCAUAAUGAACGGAAUGCCACUGGCUCCAUGUGUCUUUCUAUGUGUUCCUUUCUAUGUGUACUGUGCAGCGGCCCCUACAGACAUGCAAAGCUUCUAGCUCAGAAGUUCCUCUGCUACUUUCAUUGUUACUGUGGAAAGUUAUUUUUUUGUUCAUUGUGAAACACUUUUUGUCUAAAUUUGCCACCAGGUCAGUGCCCGUUCUGUCUGGUAUUAAAAGUAUUUUUAAAUUUGA